CAGCUCGUUCAGUAUUCGGAUAAACUUCACGUCCGCUUGCAUCUGUCUUUUGUGUGUGUGUGUGCGUGUACAAACAACAUGGCCCCGAUUCAGAUGUACGCCCCAUCCCCUGUGCAGGAACAAUCCGGCUCAGCGAGUGACCGCAUUGGCACAUUUAGAGGCUUUGAGGAACGUAAUUCGCACGAAAACCAUAGGCCUACUUUUAGCGAGGACAACCAGUGCUACAAGAUCGUGGUGGACGUGGAGGCCUUCAUGGCGAGCGGCGUGAGGUUCGACGUGGUGAACGAGAACGAGCUGAUCAUCGAGAGCUGCGCGGAGAACGGCGAAGGGAACUCCGCCUCGAGGAAGGGCUUCUACCGCCGGUUCCUCUUCCCGAGCCUCGUCAGCGUUGAUACUGUGCGCUCAAUGUUGUCCCGCGACGGCAUCCUCACCAUCACCGUAGCUAAGAAGGCAACAUCCGAUCUAAACACUGGAGACAUUUCGUAGCCUCCAAGAAACCAGAUGAACGCAGACGCAGAAUUCAGAGGCUCGUGUUGGGUAUGCUGCUAAAUAUCCAGGCUCCAGCGAAUGGGAACUAGAGAUGGAAUGAUCCUCUCAAGAAAAAUGAAAAGGGAUUCUGUACUUUGAUGUCCGUCCGAAGUUUCUGUCGACAUUACAGUACUGUUAAUGGGUUUUAUCCACCAGUUUGGACAGAGGGUGCUUUAGCGUAGAGAUCGGAUGCGGGUCCAUAAAAGUACCAUUCUUACCUGUGCUGAGUCUUCCAAUUCCAGAAAUCAGGUGUGUCUCUGAGAAGAGUCUGGUCGAAAUUUCACUCUCAUUAAGUCAAGAUUACACGAGAAAUUGAUAGACGACGAUAAUUUCAAAAUUAUCUAACACUUUCAUACACAAAAAUAAAUGCAUAUCUAUCAGUCUAGACAUGCAUAUCUACCAUACAGAUAGAAAACAUAAAUGUAUAUUUAUUUGAUAGAUCGAUAGAUAUGCAUUCAUUUCGGUGUAUAUGGAUGUCUGUUUAUACGAAUAUUCGUUGGGUCGGGCCUGGAACAAUUUUAACAAACCGGCCGCUUAUCUAUAUACCUCAGUAUCAGAUGUGCUUGAUGAAGAACGGCAGUUAGACCAGGUGUGCGUCCUUCCCAGACUAGGUAAAGCACGACUGUCUUCCAGAACUAUCAAGUGGAAGUGUAAAUGUUAUGUGUGCAAUA